AUGGAAACAUCUGCCCCACGUGCCGGAAGCCAAGUGGUGGCGACAACUGCGCGCCACUCCGCGGCCUACCGCGCAGAUCCUCUACGUGUGGCCUCGCGAGACAAGCUCACCGAAAUGGCCGCGUCCAGUCAAGGAAACUUUGAGGGAAAUUUUGAGUCACUGGACCUUGCGGAAUUUGCUAAGAAGCAGCCAUGGUGGCGUAAGCUGUUCGGGCAGGAAUCUGGACCUUCAGCAGAAAAGUAUAGCGUGGCAACCCAGCUGUUCAUUGGAGGUGUCACUGGAUGGUGCACGGGUUUCAUAUUCCAGAAGGUUGGAAAGUUGGCUGCAACAGCUGUGGGAGGUGGAUUUUUUCUCCUUCAGCUUGCAAACCAUACUGGGUACAUCAAAGUUGACUGGCAACGAGUGGAGAAGGACAUGAAGAAAGCCAAAGAGCAGCUGAAGAUCCGUAAGAGCAAUCAGAUACCUACUGAGGUCAGGAGCAAAGCUGAGGAGGUGGUGUCAUUUGUGAAGAAGAAUGUUCUAGUGACUGGGGGAUUUUUCGGAGGCUUUCUGCUUGGCAUGGCAUCCUAAGGAAGAUGACCUCAUGUUCAUUGUUCCUGUUUUUUUCCAGCCAGCAGCCUCUACACUCCAUCAUAGGACAUCGAGUCCCUCCUCCUCUUCUCCCAUGCCUUCCUCCCUGCCAUGGCAAAUCCGAGUGGCUUCUAUAAGCAUCUGCUGGUACAAGUCAAUGUGGCACCAUGA